GUCCACAUACGAACUAGAUGCGACCUGGGAAGGAAGCAAGCGUCGAUAGCCGGAGGUCCGGCGCCCUAGAACCCGUAUGCCUGAGCGAAGUGACGGUUCAAAGUAGCAAACAGCAGUUAAGAAACGAGAUCGCGUGGAUCUAGUCCAGUGACUCGUGUCGCCGACCGCACCAGAUCAGGCAUCCCGCGGCCUGCGACAAUUCGUGCAGAGUGCAGCAACAGCAGCGAAUUGCAGCUGGCUGUCACAUGCGAAAUGGAAGUGCGUCGUCAUGCAACAUGUUCUCAGUCGAUGCUCGGACCGCCUCCUGAGAAAAGCAAUCAUCGAGUGUAGCCAGCGUACUAGCGCCCGCGAACGUGCGCACGCCGCGAUCGAUGUGGGGGAACCUCUUCGUCUCCGCGCAGUAGCAGGUUUUAGGGCUUCGUAAACACUAGUGUAGUUUUUGCACCCACCAUCGUAGAUCUGUUCCUAGGACGAUGCUGCUGCAACUGGUCUCUCCCUUCUCUGCUUAGUCAAGCGCCUUGAUUCCUCGCUUGCAGUCUGGCUCUUCAACCGCUGGCCGUGAAGGGAAGCACCGAUGCGAGGCCAGACGCUGGAGGAGAGCUCUUGGUGGCGGUGAUGCCUAUUCAAGGAUAGUGGUGAUGUUGGUCGUGGCUAGGUGAGGGAACUGGUGAGUGGGAAUUGUAGGUGAAGUGGAGGAUUCGCGAGGUUGGGGUUUGAGAAGGUAGAGGAGCAAGGGAUAUGUCGAGCAGCGAAUAAAGGUGGGCGGGCUAUGGGCUUAGUCUGGGGUGGAGUAGUAGCGUGUGUAGGACACGCGGAUUGGAAUUCGCAGGAGGGGCUAUGGACGGAGGAAUUGACGACAAUGACAGAGCUGUGCAGCCGUCUCCGUCUGCCCCAGGGCAUUACCCCCCGCUGCCGCCAUCGUUCGCUCCUGUCGCUCCAACUCCUGCAAGAGGAGGGCGGUACAGGCGUGAAAGCGUUGGUUUAAGAAGUUCCGCUUCUGUGCCGAGUUUCUCGACGUACUUGAGGGUGCCCGUGGAGGACAAUAGAGCUGGAUCGUAUGUGUACCAGGCUCCACCUGCCUCUCAGGGUCCUAGUAAGGAUGGAUCCGUCGUGCCUAGGGUUACUAAGCCCAGUAGGAGUGGGCCUUUGGGGAGCGAUGGGACGCCUUAUCCUGUGAGCCAGCCCUCCAGCCGGCGUUGGUGGUGCCGAUUUUUGCCAAUUUCUGUUUUGAUUCUGUUGGGAGUCACAUUGGUGUAUUUUGGGUUCCUUCUGGGGAGAGCUUACUUGCACAGAGAGACGCUGCAAUUCGCAAUCGUUUUGGAUGGUGGGAGCACGGGCACUCGAGUUCAUGUUCAUGGAUGGGCGCGCUCUCCGAAAGAUCCACUACCGGUCAUGGUGGAUCCUACAACGAACACGCACAUGCCCGGCGCCCCAAUGCAAGUCGUGAAUGGGCAGCAGCGCUUGUACAAACGAGUGGAGACAGAGCCUGGGCUAGACAAGUUGUAUCACAAUAGGACUGGCAUCGAGAGUGCUCUUGGGCCGCUUUUGGAUUGGGCAGGCAGGCAUAUCCCUCGACACGCGUACCCGAAUACCCAGAUUUUCCUUUUAGCCACAGCCGGACUGCGCAAGUUGCCCAAAGAGCAAUCUGACUGGAUCCUCGAGCAAGCUUGGACUGUUCUUGCGAAAUCGCCUUUCAGAUGCAAGAGGUCAUCUGUAAAAGUUAUCAAGGGCAUCGAAGAAGCAUACUACGGCUGGAUAGCGCUGAAUUACAAGUUUGGAAGAUUGGGGAAUGUGCCUAGGAAGUCAAAUUAUGGUACUUUGGAUCUGGGGGGUUCAUCGUUAGAAGUAACCUUCGAGCCGAGAGAUGUUCCUCAGGGUGACCACGGUAUGAAUCUGAGCGUAGGCUCCACGGAUCACCAUCUCUACGCAGCCUCACAUGCUGGAUUUGGUUUGAAUGAUGCGUUCGAGAAAUCGGUGGCGGUGUUACUGAGGUCGCGGAAUGUCACGAAGAUGUCUCGGAAGGGGCGUAACAGUAACGUCGUGGAUGUCGAGCAUCCAUGUUUGCAAACAGGGUACAGGGCACAUUUUAAGUGCUCUACCCAUUGCGUUCUCCCCCCUCUUCCAUCGCGUGGAUCUGGACGGAAAGCCCCGAGUACAGGUGAAGCCACCGUUGCUCAAAUUGAAUUGGUGGGAGCCCCUAAUUGGGAUGCCUGUCAAGCCUUGGCUGAGGAUAUCAUCAAUUCUUCAUCUGCCCAGGGUUGCACUCUUCCGCCUUGUGCACUGGGCAAGCACCAGCCAUAUCCCCAAGGGACCUUCUAUGGACUGGCAGGGUUUUAUGUUGUGUACAAGUUUUUCGGGUUGUCUCAAAGCGCGCCACUUGAUGAUCUAUUGGCGAAAGGCCAAGAUUUUUGUAAGUUGCCUUGGAAGGAGGCUGAACGUAGCGUAGAUCCACAACCUAGUAUUGAGCAGUACUGUUUUCGGUCACCGUAUGUGUCGGCUCUGCUUCGAGAUGGCUUGCACUUGCAGGACAAUCAGAUCCAGAUAGGAUCAGGGGAUUUUUCCUGGACUUUAGGUGCUGCGCUGUGGGAAGCUGGUGCCCUGAAUCCUAUGGAGGACGGUGAAGCCUCUGGAGGUGUUGCUGGAUUUGAUACGAACUUGUUUAUGACGCUGGCAUUUUUGAUGCUGUUAGUGUCUAUUCUGGUGGGAGUUACUUGGUAUCAGUGGAGAUUGCGGAUCAGACGUCGUGGAGGAUAUCUUCCAGUGUCUAUUUCGAGUUCGGGUUCGGGUUCGGGUUCUCCUGCAAACUGGUUACCUCCACAUCUGCGCAAUCUUGCUCGUGGUGACUCUAAGACGCCUCAAAGCCCGCAACCAGGGUGUAAUACGGCAUUUGCGGAUGAACCUCUUUCAGGAUCAACCGAGGGUUUACACAUGUUGGCUUUUUCUGGUAUAGCCAGUGCCAAAAGUACCCCCGAUCGGAGUAUGCUGCAAAGUCGACGGACUACUUCAAGAGAUGAACUCAAUAUGUUACUAUGAAGUAGAGUUUGAUCAUUCUUAUGGUUUAAAUCUUUCCUGAUCUUAUUUUUGGCUUUGCUUUUACAAUGAGAAGUUGUUUCUGCAGAGCCUUCAACCCCUGUAAUUUUACCGCUGCUGAAACCCCAUUCUUUCGCCUCUUGUAUUGGGCUUACUCGUUUUGAAUUGAUACGUACUGCUUGGA